CCCUCCUCCGUCGCUGCCUCCGCCGCCACCAAAUUCUCUCCCCCUCCGCGAUCCAUCCAACAGCACAACCCCCCGCGCGAAGGACCCCCCAGGGUUGUUAGGAAAAACGUGUCCCCGGGCCUUCUGGCCCGCAUGAAAUUUCUGAACCAGAACCAGGACACCGCCCGAUACGACCCCCAGAUUGGCCGAAUCUCCGAGGACAAGAUCCGCGAGCUCGACGAGUUCCACCGCGACCGCAGCGUCAACGUCGAACGGCGAGGAACAGCCUGGAGCGGCAUCGGUCCCGCGCCCUACCCAGGCAGCCAGGACGGCACGCCGCUGAUACCGCAACACACGGGCGAGAGCGUCCCGGCGUUUGUCAUGGACCAGAGCCCGCCGCCCGGCUUCGAGAGCGACAGGAGCAGCUUCGUGAGCACGAGCGAUAGAGUCCUGCCAUCCGAUUCGGAGGCCAGCGUGCUCGGCGAGGAUACGCAGAAAUAUCGUCUCCCUGACAUCUCGCGCUCCAAGAGCCUCGGCCAGGCCAUCGACGAGACUGCUUCUUCUACUGAGACGGAGCUCACUCGCGCCCCAACUCCGCCGCCAAAGGAUACACCACCACUACCACAGCCCACUCCGCCGCCGGUGCAGGCGCCUCCAAAACCUGCAGAGCCUGAGCCAAAGUCGGAGCCAGAAUUAGCACCAGAGCCAACGCCAGUACCACAGUCGGCGCCGCAGCCAGAGGCAAAGGAGGAGGUUUCCGUGUUGGACGAUAACGAUGGCAUUGAUGUCGCGGCAUACUUCCACCGCAGGCAAUUCUCCAGGGCCAAUUCGAUCUACACACUGUCAAGGGCCAGCUUCACCAAUCAGCUGCAGCAGCUAACGUCGAUAACCCUUCCCCCGGCCGCGUCCCUCUCGUCCAGCAUCUCUGCUAUUCCCACCUCGACGGCCGCCGGUCGGGCGUUGCACGAUGCUGCGAAUCAAAUCAAGCUGUGGAUGGCCAAGGCCACUGAGGUAUUGAACGGUCUGGAUGCUGAAGACGAUGUGGAAUGGGCGGCAGCAGCUGGCAGAGAAGGACUGGCAGAGGUCGACGUCGCCAUUGGAAAGUUCGAGGGCCUGGUCACCGUAUACAUCACUGCCAUUGAGGACUUGCAAUCGCGCCCUGACAUAGCGGCGCUUCCUGCAAAGGAUUUAGUACGACUUGUCACCCAGAUGGAAGAGGUGGUCGCCGGUUGGACGCAGAUCAAGAAAACUCUGAAGGACAUCAAGAGACAGGUCGAAAUCGCCAUGGAGUGGGAAGAGCUGUGGAACUCGGUUCUGGGAGAGAUUGGUCAAGAGGUGGAGAACCUGAGCAGAUUGGUCUUUGAGAUGGAAGAACGGCGCCACCGUGCCAUCUCCGACUCUGUCGCCGAGUCGGCAGAGAAGUUCGACAUCGCCGAACUCGAGACGAUCGUGGAGGAAACUCCUCGCCAUCCCGUCAAGGACAACAAAUUCGGUCUCCCCCCUCCGCCCGCGAUCCUAUCACCAACCUCUCCCAUUCCCCAGAUUGAGCAAGAGAACUCGCGCCUGCUCGCUCUGUUCGCCAAGCUACAGCCACUCCGUGCCUCCCUCGAUUUCCUGCCGAUGCGCCUGUCCUCCUUCCACCUCCGUGCUAGCAAGAUCUUCCCUUCCGCCUGUGAUGAACUGAUGAGGAGAAAGGAUGUCUUGGAGAAGCUAGAGAAGAAAUUGGAGGCAGACGCCGAUGCAUUGCGGGAAGAGCUCGGUGAGGAUAAGUGGGUGCACAGUUUCCGCCAGGCAGGCAGCAAGGCGGUAGCGAUGUAUGAUUCUCUGAUGAAGAGUAUCCAGCGACUGCGGCAGGCUAUCGACGACAAUGACGAAGAGAAGUUGAGCUCGCGCAUCGCCACGUACAAAGACAAGAGGGAGCACUACCCUCCGUCCAUGAAGCGCGUCUUGGAACUGAUCGACAUUGAGAUGAAGCAUCGUUCGACCGUAAAUGGAGAGAUUCUGCGAAUCCAAGAGGACGUCCGACAGAAAAUGGUCGACCAGGAAAGCGAGAUCAAGGAAAUGAAUAUGAUUCUGGACGAGUUCACCGCCACCCGCAAGCUCCGCGAUUCCGUCUCCACAGUCAUUUCCACCCGUACCGAGGCAUCGAUUGCUGGCUCCCUGCUCGACACCCCCAACAGCUCACCAGCAUCUUCUGUCAUCCUGACGGGUCGCAAGAGUGGCGAAUAUGGGACCACCACGCCGGUCGGGAAGAAGUCGCGGCAGCCGAGUGCGUCAAGCUCGAGGUCAUCGAUCCCAAGCAGCCGCCGACACUCCGCUCUACCGACCUCCAGCAGCGUCCCCCGGAAGGCAAUGACCACCUCUCGUUUGGAGCAUUUCUCUACCACACCUUCUCGAGCCAUGUCCGGCACCCUUUCCAGCCAGAUGCGCUCAGUUACCCCAACGGACAAGAGACCGUUGGUCAAGCCGCCGUGGAAUCCUAGUGUGAACAUGCGGGACACGAUCGUAGGACACAACUUCAAGCCAAACUCUUUGACCACCCCUUCGCCCCAUCGGAGUGGGACACCAAACUCGUCUCGAUCUCUGAGGAGCGUUUCGAGCCAUUCUUCGAUUCCAGUUCGCAGCCCCCUCAGCCGUUCCUCGGCUGCCCUGUCCCCUCCUCCACAUGGUGCCAGACCUGCAUCAACGACUCCAGCGCAGUCUGCUAUGAAACGUCCCACGGCAAGCACGAUUCAAUCGCCCUCGACUCCCGCCCGUGGCAAGACCCCAGGCAGGUCCACUCCGGCCUCGUCAUCUCGGCUAUCGAUUAGCACACCGACGUCGGCGCGUCAAGUGGCACAUCAGGAUGGCGAGGAUGCAAAUGAGGAUAGUCCCAGUGUCCGUCGCCAGAGCCGUCCACCGAGUGCUGCCAACAGCCGCCGUGUCAGCCUACUUCCAACCCCACAACAACAACGCACCACCACUACCCCGCCGAAGCCAACCUCCGCUCGAACCCACAGCCGGCUCGGCAGCAUAGAUGAAGGACGCAAGAGCCGCCAAAGCAGGCCGAGUCUUGAGGCCGGGCGCCUGAGCAGAAUUGGAGGGCGCAUUUCCAGUCUCGGACAAACCGACGACAAACCCAAAUGGCGG